UAGACGCGCCUCCACCUUUGCGCACAGACGUGCCAUGUUCUCCGAGCUGAGCGACAUCAACCUGACGUCUCCGGAACGGGACUGGAGCGACACGCCGCUCGAGCGGUUGUCGCGCAGCGGCCACCGCGUAAUGUCGGUGUUCCUGGGCUCCAUCAUGGUGUUUGGAUUCCUGAACAACCUGCUGGUUCUGGUUCUGUUCUGCCGCUUUAAGACGCUGCGCACCCCCGUCAACAUGCUGCUGCUCAACAUCAGCGUCAGCGACAUGCUGGUCUGCGUGUGCGGCACGACGCUCAGCUUCGCGUCCAGCCUGCGCUGCCGCUGGCUGUACGGCCGCCACGGCUGCAUGUGGUACGGAUUCAUCAACUCCUGCUUCGGCAUCGUGUCUCUGGUGUCCCUCGCCGUCCUGUCCUACGACCGCUACAGCACGCUGAUGGUGUACAACAAGCGUGUGUCGGACUACAGGAAGCCGCUGCUGGCGGUGGGAGGGACGUGGCUGUACUCGGUGGCCUGGACGGUGCCCCCCCUGCUGGGCUGGAGCAGCUACGGGCUGGAGGGCGCCGGGACGAGUUGCUCGGUGACGUGGACGCAGCGGACGUCUGGGUCUCACGCGUACAUCAUCUGCCUGUUCGUGUUCUGCCUCGGCCUCCCCGUGCUCGUCAUGGUGUACUGCUACGGGCGCCUGCUGUACGCCGUCAAACAGGUGGGUCACAUCAGGCGGACGACGGCUCGACGCAGGGAGUUCCACAUCCUGUUCAUGGUCGUCACCACGGUGGUGUGCUACCUGCUCUGCUGGAUGCCGUAUGGCAUCAUCGCCAUGAUGGCCACCUUCGGCCGGCCGGGAGUCAUCAGCCCCAUCGCCGCCGUUGUCCCGUCGAUCCUCGCCAAGAGCAGCACCGUCAUUAAUCCCGUCAUCUACAUCCUCAUGAACAAACAGUUCUACCGCUGCUUCCUGGUCCUGUUCCACUGCAAGCAACAGCUGACGGAGAACGGCCCCCCCUCCAUGCCCUCAAAGACCACGCUGGUGCAGCUCCACCGCCGAGUGUGUGACAGCAGCCCCCCCGCAGCCGCCCCCCCCGCCCACCGGCCCCGGAGCGCCGCACACGGAGGGAUCCAGCGCCGCCGAUAAAACAGCUCCGAUGGACCCGCAGGAACCUUCCACCUGAUGUCCCCCCCCAAACACUUUACUUUAACGUGCGUGUGUGUGUGUGUCUGUGUGUGCGCGUGUGUGUGUGUGUGUGUGUGUGUGUGUGUAUGUGUGUGUAUG